AUGGAAUACCCACACUCUCCCGAACCCCCGGCGAAGAGGAGACGCUUCUUUUCGGCCUCAGACGACGACGUGUUGAACCACCAGUCCAGCCCGGUGCUGCCCACCCCGCCAACGCAAUCGAAGCAGCGAUUCUUCCAAGAUGUCGACGAUGAAUCACCCCAAAUCAAGAGCGAGGAUGUCCAACCUCCAUCUUCGCCCUCGAAACCACGAGAACCGCUCAUAGAACAACCCGUCGAUUAUGUCUCCAACCGAUCCGCCCAGCCUGCAGAUGUGCAGCGUGAGGAGUCCGCCAUGACUUUCGACCAGGAAACCUUUGAGAGCUUCGUAGGUGACAAGGUUACGGCGGAGCUACUGAAUGUGAUUCGGGAUAGUUGCGGCAAUAAUCUCGAGCGAGCUGUCAACAUGUACUUCGAUGGCACAUGGAAGAAUUUCAAGAAGAAGUCUCCUUCCCUCAAUGCCUUUACUCGACCGUCCCCGGCCGCAGUGAGCAAUACAACACAAGACUCUGGCGUAGAAGAUGUGCCAAAGCCUGUCAUCCGCCGAAAAAUGCCCGAAGCUCGAUAUAUCGGUUCCCUCGGCGUCGAGGGCUGGGCGACACGCAGCGGAGCGAACUUGCUCAACCACGGAGAUGUAGUCAGGAUUGAGCGACAGAAGAUCCAGCCGCCAAAGCCCAGGGUCACCACCAAAUUCGGUGUCGCAAGCGUUGCCCCACGAGGCCCGCCCCCGGGUUCAAAGCGGGUCGACGUGUUGGUGCGAUUCACGAACAGCAGCGGAUCCGAGAUUGGCAGGCUGGAAAAGGAAACAGCCGAAUGGGUGUCGACGUUGAUGGACCAGCAGAUAUGCAGGUUCGAGGGCACCUGCGUGUAUGCUCCCGAGCGUCUUCGAACAAACGAUACUGUCUUUAUCCAGUUGAAGUGUUAUCUGCUAGCCACAGCCUUCCAUCGGCCUGGGUUCAAGGUGUCAGAAAAUAGGGCGGCUGGUUUCUUCGAGGAGAAAGAGUCGACUGAGGAGAAGGAGCUACGCCUCAGGCAGGUGGCACUAGUGAAGCUCUUCUCCGAAAUCAACCUCGACCCUACGCGAGCUAAUGCCACUGCGUCGAAACACCAGAGGCAAGGCUUGCUGCAGGCUGCAGAGAUGGAAGAAAAGAAGGAGAAGGAUCCUGCCAAGCCAAGUGACAAAGAGCCGGGUUCCUCGCCUCCUUCAGACGAGCAAGAGGAGGGGGAAGAGCUGGAGCAAGACCAGCUUGAUGCCCUAUACCGCAAAGCCCAGUCGUUUGACUUCAACACACCCGAAGCGGAACCUGCCGAUACCUUCGCCAUGGACCUGAGACCCUACCAGAAGCAAGCGUUACACUGGAUGAUGACGAAGGAAAAGGACCAGAAGAGCAACAGGGAGCCAAGCAUGCACCCCCUGUGGGAGGAAUACACAUGGCCGCUUAAGGACACUGACGAAAAGGAGCUUCCUCAGGUCCAUGACCAGCAACAUUUCUACGUCAACCCAUACUCGGGAGACCUCUCCCUCGAUUUUCCCGUUCAAGAGCAAAACUGCCUUGGCGGUAUCCUGGCCGACGAGAUGGGUCUCGGCAAGACCAUCCAGAUGCUCAGUCUCGUCCACACCCACCGGUCUGACAUCGCGCAGCAGGCCAAGGCGAUGGGUAGUAUUCCCACGUCCGUCAACGAACUUCCAAGGCUUGCUUCCAACUCAUCAAGCGUGCUUUCUGCGCCAUGUACGACACUCGUGGUGGCACCGAUGUCAUUGUUGGCGCAGUGGCAUAGCGAGGCAGAGAAGGCUUCAAAAGAAGGCACUCUUAAGGCCAUGGUGUACUACGGCAACGAGAAGGCUAACAACCUUCAGGCGGUAUGUUGCGCCGCAAGCGCAGCCUCUGCGCCUGACGUGGUCAUUACUAGUUACGGUGUGGUUUUGUCAGAGUUCAAUCAGGUUGCGGCUAAGAAAGGUGACAAGUCGUCUCAUACUGGGCUGUUCUCACUCAACUUUUUCCGCGUCAUCCUGGAUGAGGGUCACCAUAUCAAGAACCGACAGUCGAAAACUGCCAAGGCGUGUUACGAAAUAAAUGCUGAGCACAGGUGGGUGCUGACUGGAACGCCAAUUGUCAACAAGCUGGAGGAUCUCUUCAGUCUGGUUCGUUUCCUUCGUGUGGAGCCUUGGAACAACUUUUCAUUCUGGAAGACGUUCAUCACAGUACCCUUCGAGUCCAAGGAUUUUAUGAGGGCUCUUGAUGUGGUGCAGACGGUACUGGAGCCUUUGGUUCUGAGACGUACCAAAGACAUGAAGACGCCCGAUGGUCAACCGCUAGUACCGCUUCCACCAAAAUAUGUCGAAAUCGUUGACGUUGAGCUCAGUCAGGCAGAACGAGAGAUUUACGACUACAUAUUCACAAGAGCCAAGCAAUCAUUCAGAGAGAACGUGGAAGCAGGCACGGUUAUGAAAGCGUUCACUAGUAUUUUUGCCCACAUUUUGCGCCUACGCCAAUCUUGUUGCCACCCGGUUUUGGUGAGAAACAAGGAGCUUGUCGCGGACGAGGUGGAAGCUGGAGCUGCCGCUGAUUUAGCAGCCGGCCUUGCGGACGAUAUGGACUUGGGCUCCCUCAUUGAACACUUCACAGCAGCUGUGUCCGAGCCGGAGUCCAACUCGGCUGCUUUUGGAGCGCAUAUCCUCGGCCAAAUCCGCGACGAGGCUGAGAGUGAGUGCCCGAUUUGCGCUGAAGAGCCCAUGGUUGAGCAGACAGUCACCGGAUGCUGGCACUCUGCUUGCAAGAAGUGUCUUCUGGACUACAUGAAGCACCAGACAGAUCGGCAUAAGGUGCCGACGUGUCCUAACUGUCGAGCCGAGAUCAACUAUCGCGACCUGUUUGAGGUUGUUCGUCACGACGACGACCCAGACAUGUUCAAGAAACCCAAGAUUAGUCUCCAACGCUUGGGUGUCAACAACUCCUCGGCCAAGGUCGUGACCCUGAUCAAGGCUCUGCGUGAGCUGAGAAGGGAGCAACCGCGGGUCAAGUCUGUCGUUUUCAGCCAGUUCACAUCGUUCCUGACGCUGAUUGAGCCGGCGUUGGCGCGUGUCAACAUCAAGUUCCUCCGUCUCGACGGAUCCAUGGCGCAGAAGGCUCGUGCGGCGGUUCUGACCGAAUUUCAAGAGUCAAAGACGUUCACCGUGCUGCUCAUCAGUCUCCGCGCUGGUGGCGUGGGACUGAACUUGACAUCAGCGAAGCGAGUGUAUAUGAUGGAUCCCUGGUGGAGUUUUGCGGUCGAGGCCCAGGCGAUCGAUCGUGUGCAUCGUAUGGGGCAAGAUGAGGAGGUCAAGGUGUUCCGCUUCAUCGUCAAGGAGAGUGUGGAGGAGAGGAUGCUUCGGGUACAGGAGCGGAAGAAGUUUAUCGCCACGUCUCUAGGAAUGAUGAGCGAUGAGGAGAAGAAGCUCCAACGGAUCGAAGAUAUCAAGGAGCUGCUCAGCUAG